AUGAAAUACCAACCAGAAGGCAAAACAGUUAAUAUAGCAUUAUCUAUUACAUCAUUAGUUCUUUUUAUAAUCAAUUAUACAAGAAUUAAAGCAAUCCGAGUUCUACGUAGGUUGAAACCAAAAAUGAGCGAAAAGAAAUACAAGCCAGCAAUGAUGACACUGACAAUUUCCGGAUAUAUUAGCGUUUCAGCUCAUUUUUUAAUGACUUUCUUUUCUGCCAAAGAAUUCUCAAUUCCGCAUAGCAUAUUCCUCAACAUCACUUAUAUAAGCGGCGUAGUCAAUAUGUUUGCAACAGAUAUAACUCUAAAAACGAUUUAUUUAUCUUCCAAAAAUUUCUCAAGAGUUUUAUCAAUGAUUAGCUUCGCUGUCGUUCUCUCUUUCACUACAUUACGAUAUUACGUACCAUUGGAUCCAGAAGACACAAUUAGACUUACAAUUGCUAAUUUAUUUGGAAUCUUUUCAUACAUCUGCUAUUAUUUGAAGAUUUUCUUAGUUAAAUAUGAUAUUCCGGAUAUAGGAAUACGUGUUUCUCAACGUAUUAAAUUUUAG